CCCCUUUCCCCCCUCCCUCUCUCCCUCUCUCUCUCUCUUUAUGCAAAUAAUAUCACCUUCUCUCUCCUCUCCCUAUCUCACUCUCCUGCUUCUCUCACUCUGCAUUCUUCUUCCAAAACCCACACACUGACUUCACAGAUCUAAACUCCGCAACUUCCGAAAACCUCAGCUCCAAGAAAGAUCUCGAAUAGGUUGUAGCAAUAGCGUGAAUGGCCGCAGUGGAUGCACAUAAUCCGCUUAUGGGAGAAAUUACUUGUGGCUCUCUGCUGCAGCAAUUGCAGCGAAUCUGGGAUGAGGUUGGUGAGAGUGAUGAGGAACGGGACAAGAUGCUUUUUCAGAUAGAGCAGGAGUGCUUGGAUGUCUACAAGAGGAAAGUCGAUCAUGCUGCAAAGUCGAGGGCAGAACUUCUUCAGACCUUGGCAGAUGCCAAUGUUGAACUCACCAGCCUUCUAUCCGCUCUUGGAGAGAAAACUUUUACUGGAAUUCCCGAGAAGACUUCUGGAACGAUAAAAAAACAACUUGAGGCUAUUGCACCGGCACUGGAGCAGCUUUGGAAACAGAAAGACGAGAGGAUAAAGGAGUUUUUUAAUGUACAGUCACAGAUUCAAAGGAUAUCCGGAGAAAUUGCGGGAACUAGUGAGCAAGUGGGGAGUCUUGUAGUUGAUGAGGCCGACCUAACCCUGAAGAAGUUGGAUGAGUUUCAAUCUCAGCUCCAAGAACUGCAAAAGGAAAAGAGUGAGAGGUUGCACAAGGUUCUUGAAUUUGUAAGCACUGUGCACGAUCUCUGUGCUGUUCUUGGGAUGGACUUCCUCAGUACAGUGACUGAAGUUCAUCCAAGCUUAAAUGACUCAACUGGUGUACAAUCCAAAAGUAUUAGCAAUGCCACUCUAUCCAGUCUGGCUAAGACAGUCUUAGCACUGAAGGAAGAUAAGAAGCAGAGGCUACAUAAGCUUCAAGAAUUAGCGACUCAGUUAAUUGAUCUUUGGAAUCUAAUGGAUGCCCCUCAUGAAGAACGGUGUUUGUUUGAUCAUGUUACUUGUAACAUAUCGGCUACAGUAGAUGAAGUGACCGUCCCCGGGGCUCUUGCUUUGGAUUUGAUAGAGCAGGCUGAGGUGGAAGUUGAAAGGCUUGAUCAGCUAAAAGCUAGCCGGAUGAAGGAAAUUGCUUUCAAAAAGCAAGCUGAGCUUGAAGAGAUUUAUGCACGCGCUCAUAUCGAGAUUGAUUCAGAUGAUGCACGAGAGAAAAUUAUGGCUUUGAUUGAUUCUGGUAAUGUUGAGCCUUCUGAGCUACUUGCUGAUAUGGAUAACCAGAUAGUAAAAGCAAAGGAAGAGUCUCUCAGCAGGAAAGAUAUAUUGGACAAGGUUGAGAAAUGGAUGUCGGCUUGUGAAGAAGAGAGUUGGCUAGAAGACUACAAUAGGGAUGAAAACAGGUAUAACGCAAGUAGAGGUGCACACUUAAAUCUCAAGCGGGCUGAAAAAGCUCGUGUUCUAGUCAACAAAAUUCCAGCUCUCGUGGACACGUUGGUUACCAAAACUCGAGCAUGGGAAGAAGACCGAGGCAUAACAUUUUCUUACGAUGGCGUUCCUCUCCUUGCAAUGCUGGAUGAAUAUGCGAUGCUCAGGCACGACAGAGAAGAAGAGAAACGAAGGAUGAGAGAUCAGAAAAAGUUCCAGGAACAGGUAAACCCAGAACCAGAAGUCUUUGGUUCAAGGCCAACCCCUAGCCCUGGUCGAUCAAGUCUAGGUGCAAAAAAGGUGGUGGGACCACGCGCAAAUGGAGGCGGUGCAAAUGGAACUCCAAUCAAGCGGUUGUCCCUGAAUCAAAAUGGUUCGAGGUCCAUAAACAAGGACGGGAAGAGAGAUAAUAAUACGAGGCCGAUUGCUCCGGUGAACUAUGUUGCCAUGUCGAAAGAGGAUGAUGCCUCUCCCAUUUCUGGUACAGAGCCUCUUCCGGCCUCACCAGAGUAAUCACAAAUGAGAUCUGGAGGUUAAUCCUGUUGUGAUAUUAUUAUUGUCAUAGCUAGCUUAGUUGAGGCUGUAGGAUACUUGUUUGAGUAAUGGGGCGGGGAGAGACGGAUUGGUUGUUUGUUUGCCUGUUUUUGUAUUGCUAUUUUGUAGUUGAGUUUCCAAAUCAAUCGACGCUGGUUUUUGCACAGUUUUUUUUUA